UCCAACCACCAAGCCCAAGUUUAACGGUUGCCAUCUAAAAAAUGGCUUCCUGCAACUUGCCUGUGCCGACAACGACACAGUGCAGUGGUUGGAAAGGGAGGUACCUUCUCUCGUACCAUGGGAGGGAGCACAACUUCGUGUAUACCACAUGAAGGAUCUGCCGAAGGCCAGACGGUAUGUCGGUUACUUCGCGGACAGUGCGAACUCUCCGGACGAGAAGAUUCUUCGUUCACUCCAGAAUCAGAACGACCAUCUCUCUACCAAAAUGUGGCGAGUCUGUAACCGCAAAUUGGUAAAGACCUUGGUCGAACUAGUUCUGGAUAUUGACGAAGAAUCGGCCAAACUCGUUGAGAGUAGAAAUUAUGAACUGCACUACGGUUUCGGCAAAGCACGCAUCCGAAAGGUAAGCGGAAGGCCGAACGUCACAGGCGGGAAAGACUCCGUCGCAAUGUCAGGGAAGGUACGUGCGGGUAACUCCUCCGGGAGUACUCUGCCACCACCCAGGCAAAACGAUCCUGCGAAUGGGCUAAAGGUUCGCGUGGGAAACUCCUCCGGGAGUGCCCCACAACCACCCAAACGCAACCCUGCGAUUGGGAAGGUACGCGCAGGAUGCUCCCCCGUGAGUGCCCUGUCACCACCCAAAAAACGCAACCCCGCGGCUGCUCGGACGGUUCCGCCGAAGACUCGCAAGAGUGUGAAGCAUCAACCACCGAAAAGUCGCACCCCCCGGAGUCAAAAACCACCACAGUGUGCGCGACGACCUUCUGUUGCCAAUCGACUGCUGCAACCGAAGCCGAACAGUGAGGAAGAGCAACUUCCAUCAACCAGCCAAACCGCUGUUGGCAGCCGUCAGCCAAUACCAGGAUCAUCUUCCGAUCCGGACAAAGACGGCAACUUCACUGCAAAGUGAGCAGCCUUCGCUGCGUGCAAGCGAAUCUCCAUCACGCAAAAGGCGCCUCGGGUGUUCUUUGCAGGAGAUUCGCCAAAGAGCAGCUAGCGGCUGCUUUCAUCCAGGAGCCGUGGAUCAACGAAUCCAAAGUUCUCGGACUUAACGCUCCUAACGAAUUUAUCCAACGCGACGUCGUUGCCGUCACGGUUGAAGUACCGACAACCAGAGGAAAGCAGGAAAUGGUUGUCGCGUCGGCCUACUUCCCGGGCGACCAAGGUGAUAUACCGCC